AUGGUUGUCUCCAAGGCCUACCUGCUCGGCUGGGCAGCAGCAGUUGCGAUUGCUUCGCCAGUCGCUGUUGAGACACCCUUCAGCUGGAAGAAUACGGAAUAUGUACUCACAUUUGGCGACUCUUACACAUUCGUCCAAGGAACCGAAGGUCGCUGGGCAUACAGCUUCAUCGGAUCCCAGCUGAACAUUUCUUUCACACCCGAGCAGCUCCUCGGUGACCGCAUUGUUCCGGGGCAGAACACGUCUUCUGCCGGCGGGCCUAAUUGGGUCGAACAAUGGGAUACCUACGGCAAGUCAGUCAUUAACGCCGAUCCCACCAAGUCACUCGUGGCCUCCUACAUUGGAAUCAAUGACAUCAAUGACAUGGCCAAUUUCCAGCUCCCUGUCAACGGGCUGAACAGCUGGGAAGAACUGUACACUGCAGUCAUCGCGGAGCAGUUUGCAGCCUUGGAGACUGUAUAUGGAGCCGGGCAUCGCCACUUCCUGUUCCUGAACUUACCUCCCCUCGAUAAGAAUCCCGCAUCGCAACUCAACCCAGCCCGUCUUCCAAGCACAGACAUGAUCAAGACGUUCAACGGCGUAGUCAACCAGACCGCAAAGGCGUUCUCAGAAAAGCAUCCCGACGUGACUGCUCUGGUAUUUGACACGUACAGCUGGCUGACACAGGUCUUUGAUAACGCGGCGUCGUACGGGUUCACCAAUACGAGCUCUUUCUGCCCUAGCUACAAAGCCUGGGAUAUCGAUACGAACUAUGCCGCAUACGGGUGUCAGCCGAUUUAUGAGUACUUCUGGUAUAAUUCGGGUCAUAUUACAUACCAUAUGUUGUCCUCCGCCUCAAUCGCGCUUGUCGGGCUCGCCGGUCUCGCGGCCGCGCAGUUCCCGCCCACACCCGAGGGGAUCAAGGUGCUGAAGUCCAAAUUCCACGAAAAUGUCACUAUUUCAUACAAAGAGCCCGGUAUCUGUGAGACCACGCCCGGGGUCAAGUCAUACGCCGGAUACGUGCAGCUACCCUCAGGAACCCUGAAUGACGUCGAUGGGGAAGCUCAAGACUACCCAAUCAACACCUUCUUCUGGUUCUUUGAGGCGCGCAAAGCUCCCGAAAAUGCUCCAUUGGCAAUCUGGCUCAACGGCGGACCGGGAGGCUCCUCCAUCAUGGGCCUCCUCGAAGAAAACGGCCCCUGCUUUGUUAACGAGGACUCCAAGACGACUCGUCUGAAUCCGUGGAGUUGGAACAACGAAGUGAAUCUACUCUACAUCGACCAACCGACUCAGGUCGGAUUCUCCUACGAUAUCCCAACCAAUAUUACCAUCCACGCCAACGAGAACUUCGAAGAGAACGGACCAUGGGGCAUGUUCCCCGCCAACUUCAGCGAUGGUGUACCCGAGGGCAACUACACCUACCGGUACGGCACUGCAUCCAGCCAGAAGCUAUCGCAGACAUCGAACACCACGGCGCAUGCUGCUCACGCUCUGUGGCACUUUGCGCAGACGUGGUUCUUUGAGUUCCCUGGCUACAAGCCCAUUGACGACCGGGUCAGCUUGUGGGCCGAGUCAUACGGAGGACACUAUGCGCCUGGUAUUUUUCGACACUUCCAGACGCAGAACGAGUUGAUCCAGAAUGGCUCAUCGCCCGAGGAGAAUGCCCAGUUUAUCCACCUUGAUACGCUUGGAAUCGUCAACGGGCUCAUUGACCUGUCGAUCCAAGGUGAGACUUGGAUCACGUUCCCGUACAAUAAUACCUAUGGAAUGCAAAUCUUCAAUGAGUCGGUUUACGAUGCGUUGAUGCACAACUGGACCCGCCCAGACGGUUGCAAAGACCGAAUUCUUGACUGCCAGGAAGCCCUCAAAGAACAUGGACCGCUAGUCGCCAACGGUGCCAAGAAGAACUACACUGAAAUUUGCGGCGACUUCCUUACCGAGUGCGGCUUCAACGCCGUCGAAAUCUACCAGAGCAAAGACGAUGGAAGGGGCUGGUAUGAUAUCGGACACAGCAAAUAUGACCCUUUCCCGGCCCCGCACUUGUACGGGUACCUCACCGAAGGCGAGGUUUUGUCGUCUCUCGGCGUGCCUGUGAACUACUCGGAAUCGUCCGCGGCAGUGGGCAUCAGCUUCCAGAAUACCUUCGAUAUGAUCCUGGGUGGAUUUGGAGAGUCAAUCGGGUACCUCCUCGAUAGCGGCGUCAAAGUUCACAUGAUGUAUGGAGAUCGCGACUACGCCUGUAACUGGGUCGGCGGCGAGAAGGCUAGUCUGGCGAUCCCCUACAACCGAUCGAUAGACUUUGCCAACGCCGGGUACGCCCCGCUCAUCACCCCCGAUGGUGUGACGGGCAUGACGCGCCAGUUCGGUAACUACAGUUUCUCGCGUGUCUACCAAGCCGGCCACGAGGUGCCGUCCUAUCAGCCCGUGACGGCGUACGAGAUCUUUAUGCGGGCGACGUUCAACCGGGACAUCGCGACGGGACUCAUCCCCGUCACGGACGAGCUGUCGACGAUCGGCGUCAAGGACACGUGGCACAUUAAGAACAUUCCGCCCCAGGAGCCGGAUCCGAUUUGCUAUGUCCUCAAGCCCGAGACAUGCCCCGAGGAUGUGUGGAAGACGGUCGAGGACGGGACCGCACUGGUGAAGGACUACUACGUGAUUGACGCUACUCGAGAGAGUCAAGGCCAACAGAUUUCCGAGGAGCUGUGA